GGCAUCGUCCGCUUUUGAUCUUCGCAAAAUACUCGUCUUCGGUAGCCAAGCUCUGAUCUCACCGUCACCCUACAGGUCGCAUCGCUUUGUUCAUCCACAACGUGGCCUUGCAUUCUUUACAAACGAUCAGCACGGGAGCUUCUGACUAAAUCAUAUCCCUGCAUCGGCAAAUAUCGAGCCCGCCUGGAUGGGCAUUCUGAAAGAUGGACAAGUCCAACGAUGCGCCCAUUCCGCCUGAUAUAAUCGAGAGGCAGUCCCUCGCCAUCUCUAUGCCAAUGCCUGGUAUGGUAGCCCAGGCAGGCGAACACGGCUUCAAACAAGAGUUAUCGCGAAUCUAUGACCCAGCCGAAAGCAACGCCGCCGAGCAGGUCGUCAAACUCAAGGACGCUCUCCGCAACGCCGACACGGACAGUUUCUGGGCCCUGCUUACUGAAGGCCUAGCUCUCAUCACCGAUGCUCAGUACGCUUUUGUCUCCAAACGGGUCCUGGUUAACGACAAAGAUGUUGCCGUCGAAAUGCCACCGAUCGGGGAACCUGGAGCGUGUCUAAUGGGAGAGGCUUUCUACAUCAACAACGACCAAGGCAACGGUCCGGGCCUCCUUCGGAAUUUCAAGUACCAUGCCUAUCAGUGUCCCUGCGCCUACAUGAAGCACGAGAAGAUUUUCAUCAUUCCAGAAAGGCUAAACGAGUUCAUCAUCAACAACCCAAACGAUCUGGUCAUUCCCGGAGAGGCGUAUCUCGGGGUACCGUUAUUCUCGGACGGAAAAUGUUUCGCUCAUUUCGGUGUCAUGUGGAGUCAUGAGGCGGCUGCACGCCGUGUGCUAACUUGGGGAUAUCUAGAGAUGAUACUUCAUAGCUUUGAAGACAUGAUUUUAGAUCGUGUGCUAGAGGGAGACCGUUUCGCCAAAGCAGCACAGCCCAUGUGCCGCGAAGAAUCGAAAAUCGUUCCACACAACGCCGUCUCAGUUGCUCAAUCCUUGAAACCAUAUGCUAGAAGCUUGUCGCAUGAGUUGCGAACGCCAAUGCAGGGCGUAGUCGGUAUGCUCGAUGUUAUGAUGGCCAAUGUGAAGGAAGCUGCAGAGACAAUGGACCUCAAUGGACGAACUCGGACAAUGCUCGACACAAUCAGAGAGAAUAUCGAAGCUGUUCAAGACAGCUCAAGACGUGCAGUCGAAGCGGCCGAUAAUGUCGUGCAUGCCUAUGACAUGAACAUGGGUGUACCAGAAACACCUCUGUCAUCACUGGAUGAGGCACCCGCUCAAUGGAACUCUUUCUGGCGUGAGAUGCGACCUGAUCUCAUGAUCUCAGGUAACAAUGAGCUUCGAGAUCAGUUCCGUGGUAUCAAAAGAAACAGAGAAGACAUGUCACGGGCAAACAAGAACUCUCAAACACGAGUAUCCAAGUACGCUCGCCAACGUGUUCGAGGCUCUUUCUCUGCAGACUCCCCUACUCGAGGCUCGUUGUCUUGUCCUCCCGAGGUCGGUGUCAAUGCACUGGAUCAACUGGAAAUAGCCCACUCCUACGGAGUCCCAUCUGCCCAAUGUGUGUCGGCACGCUCUCCGAUGUUUGCAUCUGAGCAUUCAAAGGUUCCGGGGCUCCGGCAUACAAACCUGAGGGAGGUCCUUCAGUAUGUGAUCAACGACGCGCUUAAAGUAGGAGGCAGACCAGAUUCCGCCAUUGCUGAAGCGACAGACACGGGAGAAAGGAUCGAGGUGCGCACACGCAGCCCAAACAACGAUGCACACACCAAGUGGAUCGAAUGGAGUGUGUCCCCUGAUGUACCAGAUACAAUCAUAAUUGACGAGAGAGAUCUGGCGAAGAUGAUCUCUUGUCUCACAUUGAACGCCAUCAAAUUCACACAAGACGGAUUGAUCACACUGAAGGCGACUCUCAGUUCCAAGGGCCGCUAUAUCCUUGUCAACGUCAAGGAUACCGGCCCUGGUAUUCCCGCUGCCUUUUUGCCUAAACUCUUCAAGCCCUUUUCACGGGAAGAUGAUUCCUUUACCCGACAGAGCGAAGGCCUGGGUCUAGGAUUGAUGGUUGCCAAAGGGCUUGCGAGGAAGCUUGGUGGCGAUCUGUUCUGUGCGCGUUCACUCGUGUCCGGGCCAGGGAGGGGCACCGAGUUCGAACUGCGUAUUCCACUCACGCCAGGUGAGACAUGUAGUCGUCCCGCAUCACCGUUUGGGUCGCCGAGUCCUUCUGUCAAAUCGCGCAUGUCAAUCGACUCUGAGACAUCGCACCUUGCAAUUCCAGGCGCGCCUGUCACCCCACCCCUGGCCGUCGAUGUUUUCAAGAACCAACUUGAGUUCAUCACACCGGUUCCACCACCAAAUACUCCCGCCAUCGUCAUUGAUACGAUUCCCUUACCUAGAAACAUUGGGCUCAUGACACCAAAGAGCAACACACCGCCUCCCCGCCAUCGCGUCAUUACCUCUAAGCAAGACUCGCCGCCCGCUGAUCUCGCUAAACAGCUGCCUCUGAACUUUCUCGUUGUGGACGACAACUCGAUCAACCGGCGCGUCCUAGUCAGCAUGUUGAGUAGAUUAGGCUACAAGAAUGUCAUUACCGCAUUCAACGGAAACGACGCUGUUGAGCUCAUGCGACGCAAUGCGCUCGCCCCUGCUUCUGAAGCUAUCGACGUGGUGUUGAUGGACUUGUGGAUGCCAUUGUUGGACGGAUUCCAGGCCACUGAGUUGAUUCUUGAUAUGCAGGAGUUGAGUUCGACUGGUCGGACGCCAACUAUUUUGGCAGUCAGUGCAGACGUGACUGAUGCAGCACUUGAGAAGGCUGGCAAGAGCGGGAUGCAAGGAUUCAUCACGAAGCCGUUUGUGACGAGGGACAUUGUCCGUUUGAUCCGGACGUACUGUGCGAGUAAGAGGACCACGUAGGACGCCGGGUCUUGAAGUUUUAAUACCUUGAAUAUAGUCAAGACACAUUUCGCAUACUCCUACAAUAUUUAUAGUUUAUAAUGUACGGGGGCGCGGAAUAGCCGCACGUUGUUCGCACGACCAUUUGGCAGAGCCUUGGGCUUACCUUGGGAGGAGAGACCAAUU